GUGUGUCCCUUUUCCGCCGCUCAAAAUCGGCCCCGCGCUUGCUGCCCUUGCAUUUAAAUAGCCUUCACCACCCUGGGGACCAUUGUGUCGAAUUAAAUUAAAUUUAACCCACAUUUCGCGCUCUCUAAGACGUCACCCAAUUAGGCACUCAAUGCCUGGCAUCCGAGGCACUGGCGUGGCGGUGAAGACAUCCUCAUCUCGCAAAGACGCACCUGAGACGCACACACGUGCCAUCAGCUAGACUCCAUCAUUUGCCCAUUUAAAUUAACUGUUUGAUCGAUUUCUCUACGCGACAUGCAAAACUGUAUUUAUACUCGAGGCUGCUUUGCUGCUCUUUUUUGCUCUGUUCGCGUCCAUGAGAGGACAAAAAGUGACCAAAUGCCACUGCUUUAGCACCGAGAAAGCUCAUUUCAUUUACAUUUCGUGGCUGGAGACACUUUCAUGCGCUAUUUCACGACAAUUUGUGACCAGUUCACAAAGGAAGCAAAUUUGAAAUUCACGACAGAAACAGAGAGAGAGUGAGUGAGAGAGCUUUUGGGUUCAAGUCUAUCUUCGGCAGUCAGAAGAAAAGCAUGGAAAAUUUAUUACCUAUCGGAUCUGAAAGGAGAGAAAAUCCCUGGUCAGAUGAUUUUCUGAUCUAACAAUAAAUCAUGAGAACAUUUUGGCUCGCAGAACUAGACAUUUCUUUAUCUGUAAUUUCACUGAAAUCAUAUAUUUUCAAUUCUCAAAGCUGAUAAGACAACUUUCAUCUUAUUCAAGACAGAGAGAGUAGUUUGAUUCUUUGAAUCGUUGAAAAUUCGAAUGAUUUAUUUGUGCUGUUGUUUAUGCAUUCAUCAGUAUAAAUAUAAUAAUACAGUUCAAGGAACUGAAGUCAUAGAAGCAAAAAAUUAAGCUGAACUUGAAAUGAGUCAAAGAAGAAGACAGAUUACAAUGUGAUUGACUUUCCGGAAAGUGCUUUAGCGAGCGCUAAAAUAGAGUUUGCAAACCUUGAUCAAUUAUAGUGACAAAUUCACCGUCGAAGUGGAUUUAAUGAGUCAAGAUCAGAGACGAAAUUAGCCGCGCACUGAAGACAAUCUGAAGCGCGCGAUCAGCGGCCAUCAAGGUGUGUCGAUGCUCAAGUGGCUCUUCAGAAACCAAUCGUGUUAAAUAUAAACAGAGAGGCUAUGAAUAGCGCGGUGGCGGAGGGCUAAUAUUAGCCGUGGCGAAGAUGUCGCACGAUCGGGAGAAAAAGGCGCGAUAUGGGCCCAAAAUAGCCCGCGUGUGUUGGACCAGCGAAUAUUGCGAUAUAUUUCAUAUUUGUUGUGGAGAGGCGAGCAUAUUUGAUUGCGGAGAUCGCUCAGUUGCCAAUUGGCUGUCUUCGUGGAAAGCACCACAAGUUCGUUUACCACUCUCUCCCGCGAUGAAUCUGAUGUUCAGGAAGAACUUCCGCGAGGGCGGCGGCGGUGGCGGCAAGUCCGGCAUGGGCGGCCUGAAGCACUCCAAGAGUGGCAACAGGAAUCAAGUGAAGCGAUCGCGCGAAUUGAGCUGUUCAGUGCAAGAUGAAGUUCACUAUCGAACCCAUUUAUUUUUCUCACCAACGCGCUCAGCUCUGGCUGACACAGAAGGUAUUCAUCAACAUUCCGGAACAUCGUCCAAAAAAAGACUCUCUCUCUCACUCUCUCUGUCUCCCUGUUCUCUGUUCCCGCGCGUCGCGAUGCGCAAAAAGUGCGAUAUAUAUAUGGAUUAUGAUGGUGUGGUGCCUUUUCGUGCUAAACACACGCGAUUUUAGUUUUUGGGGUUGACCAAGAUAUUGAGCGCUAGCUGUAAGCUAAAGCCACAAAAUGCCUGUAAAUGUCAACACACGAUGAGUUUUUUUCUUCUUCCUCUUCUUUAGUUUCCAUGUGAUAAGAUUGAUUGUAAUAUUUUUUUUUAUUUUUGAGAAGAUUGACACACACUUUCUGUAGAUAUUUUGAAAUGCUUUCUAUAUGUGGAUUUUUUGGUCUCUGUCUUUUAAAUUGUGCACCUCUUUGUCACCCACUCUUUGUUUCUUUUUUGUACUCUGUCUUUGACAUUUUAUAGCUUCAGCUUGCAACCAGCAGCAAAAAUCACUCCUUUUGCCAAAAGUCUCUAUCAAUCUGAUAUAUCUGUGUAUGUGAAGGGAUGUGCUGACGUUCUAAGAGUCUCUUCCAGGACACAAACAGGAGGAAAGUUGUCUGUGAGAAGCACAUUGUAAACAUUUUAUUAGUGAAGCAAACAUAUAUUGGGAGAGAUGGGGCAGCAUUGCACACCGAAACACCAUUGAUAGUACACUCUAAGUGCGUUAUCCCACUUGCUUCUUUUCACCUUGAAGUUAUCGACACUUGGAGUUAGUUAAAAUCAACAGUUUGAGGACUAAUUUCAAUCCACUUUUCCUCUUAAAUUGUAUGAAAAAAAGGAAAUUGCACGCAAUUCGUAUCGAUAAGUGUGGAUAACUUCAAUACGAGAAGAAGCACGUGUGCUAACACCCUAAGAUCUUACUUUCGCUUAAGAAUUAGAAGCCAAACCCUUGCGUUUUCACGAGAUAAUCGUGAAUAACAAUGGUGUCGCGUGUGGUAAUGCUGCCUCACUUCCCCCUAAAUGUUAAUUCUACCAUUUCUGGUGUUUCUGGACAGUGAUUUCGAUCGUCUCUCUCUCUUUAGUUUGCAAAUGAGAGGUAUUUCAGCCCUCUUCGUUCUCCUACGACACUAUCGCACAAUGUCAAAAGCACUCCGCUGAUGAGAGAGCGAGCGUGUGUGUUGAUUUCGUGCGAUAGUGACACGCGGACGUGUGCCAAGUGAUAAUUUUAUCAUCUGCGCGCGAUCAUUAAUAUCUGUCGUGUCCGCGAUGUUGCACACAUAAAUUUGCGCGCGCUGAAAUCACCUUCGCGCGUUUUGCACACACUCAGCGUUUCAUGUGAUAAAAAGCGGAAGGAUCUCUGCGCAUUGCUUCCGGUGACUUGUGACAUAUUUCAGAGCCACGGUGCGGUCCCCUCGCGGGCGCUGCCCCCUCGGCGCUCGCCACCGCCAUUUACGAAGUAGACGCGCCGCAGCCGCU